UGCUAGUAACUGGCGAUUGAAACAUUAUCUAUGAUUGAAACUGGCACAGAAAUUAUAUCAGCAGCAGUGUUCGGACUUUUUUUUCGUUUAGUGGUAGAAUUUAAAAAAAAUAGUGGUAGAUUUAUGAAAAAAGUGGUAGAUUUAGGGAAUUUCUCCAUCUUCAACAAAUACGAAAACGCAACAGUAUUAAAUGAGUGGCGCAAAAUUAUGUGUCAAACGUCACUGUUGCCAACAUCAUUCAUUGCGCAAAGUAUUUGACGAUAUAUUAAAGUGCUGCCAGCCUGUUUCUUUUUUUAGUAGAAUAAAAGUUCUAAUAUAAUAUUGUAAUUCAUAACAUAUAAUAAUAUUUUGGAAAAUAGUGUGUGAAAAAGAUUGACUUCUUCAAAAGUUGAAAAAAGUGGUAGAUUUUUAAGCUUGCGUGGUAGAAGUGGUAGAAAUUAAAAUUUUCGGAACAAAGUGGUAUGUCUACCACUUUAGUGGUAGAAGUCCGAACACUGAUCAGCAGCAAUCAUAGAUAAUGCAGCAAUAGUAGCAACAAAACUCGCAUAUUAAAAACUAGGGGAAUCAAAUUUAUCAGUGUAUUAAACGCAACGGAAUAUUAAAUUUGUUGAAAAAAAAUUGCCAGUGUUGGUCGGAGAGUAGUAAUUGUGAACAGCAAGACAGCAUGAAAAUUGGGAAAUUAAACUUGGUCGGCGUUCGAGUAAUACACCAGCGCAGAGACUUCAAAAUUUUCCAGUAAUAAAGGGUUUUUCAAUUGGCGCGGGUCGAUUUUGGCGCCCUGUGGUAGCCAUUUUGUUUUGGUGACAUCUGUCAAAUCUUUUGUUUAUUAUUCAGUUGUUUAUGACAAAUCAUCAUGGCAAGUUACACGAUUGAACAGCACGUUCAAAUGAUAAAACUUUAUUAUCAAAAUGAGUGUUCAUUAACGCAGACGUUGCGCGCAUUGCGCCCAUUUGUCGGUAGACGUGGUGGCCCUUCAAAGUCGAUUCUUCAACGUUUGGUGGCCAAAUUUGAGACGACCAGGUCAGUAAACAAUCAGCCAACACCCGUACGUUCAAGGACCGCAAGAUCCGCCGAGAACAUUGCCGCGGUCCGUGAAAGUGUACAGCAGAACCCGAGGCAGUCUAUUCCUCGUCGUGCACAAGAACUUGCCCUUUCGCAGACUUCAACUUGGCGAAUUUUGCGUCGGGACUUGGGCCUACACCCGUACCAGAUCCAACUGACCCAGGAGCUCAAAGUUGAUGACCGUAGACAACGCCGUUUGUUCGCUGACUGGGCUUCGAAUCGUUUGGAAGAGAGCCCCAGUUUUGGGCGAAAAAUCAUCUUAAGUGACGAGGCACAUUUUUGGAUGAAUGGCUGUGUUAACAAACAAAAUUGCCGUAUAUGGGACGACACCAAUCCACACGAGGUUCACCAGGUGAUAAUGCAUCCUCAAAAAGUUACCGUUUGGUGUGGAUUUUGGGCCGGCGGCGUCAUUGGUCCGUACUUUUUUGAAAACGACGUUGGUGAGGCGGUCACCGUCAACAGCGAGCGCUACACAACGAUGAUAACCAAUUUCUUCGGACCCAUAUUGAACCAUAUGGACCUAGACGACAUGUGGUUCCAGCAGGACGACGCUACGUGCCACACAGCAAACGCCACGAUUGACAUUCUGCAUGAACGAUUUGAGGGUAAGGUUAUCUCUCGCAGGGGUGAUGUGAAUUGGCCACCAAGGUCAUGCGAUUUGACCCCGCUAGACUUUUUCCUGUGGGGUUUCUUGAAGUCUCAGGUCUAUGCAAAUAAACCACAAUCGACCGAUGCUCUAAAGGUGAACAUAACACAGCCCAUCGCUCAAAUUCAGCCGGAUCUAUGCGGAAGAGUCAUUGAAAAUUGGACCACUCGGAUCCGUUCCACCGUAAGAAGCCGAGGCGGGCAUUUCCAUACUGAUGUCAUAUUCCAUACUUAAUGGCAUAUAUGCGCCUUUCAAAUAAAAAAAAAAU